UGCAAUAAAAAAAGAAAGAAAAAUUAAGAUACCACCACUUUCUAUGAUGCAUUGAACCUAGCUCUACCAAUUACCAAGGCAACUUGGAAAAAUAAACAUUAAAGGAGUUCUUAGUCUUAUUUCCGACACUCUACCUCUAGCUGAAGAGCAAAUGAUUUCAUUCCGAGUAUGAAUACAAUUCUUUCAAAAGCUGAACUGCUUAAUCCUAUGGCAGAAUAUUUAUGAGUUGAUUUUGUGACCUAUAGAAGUUGGUUUUCUAACCAUUGUUUUUUUGUGGAGCUUGAUUUUUUUUUUAAAUAGCAGGAAGUAACUUAUUUUCUUGUAACAAGCUAAAGCUUAAUAAGUUUCAUCUUGAUGUGGAGUGAUUGAAAUAUAUGGAAUAUCUGAAGAUAUUAUCUAAUAAUAUUAGAGUAUGUUGGAUGAUAUAGUAAGGAAUAUACAAAGAUAUUACCUUGUAAUAUUUUAGAGUAUCUUAAAUGAUGUCUUAAGAUUUAUUCUUCUUUUAUAUUUUGAUUUACGUCCUUAUUUAAUAGGGUCUUUAUGAAUAGGAAUGUCUUAUAGGAACUCAAUUUUCGAGAACAUGAGUUAUAGGCAUAUCAUAUCAUGUAUAUAGGAAUAAAAUGUCCUAUAAUAAUUUUGUAUAUUUUGUAAUUAACUUACAUUAAACGGACUCUGUUUUGCAGUUCACACAGUUUUUAUUAUCUUUUACAUUUUAUUUUUCUCCUUGUAACAUUUACUAUUGAUUUGAUAUUGCAGGAAUUGCAUUUAUUCCUUGAGCACAACAAUGUCUGCCUUAUCAGCUGCUUCUGACGUAACAGCUGAAGGAUUCACUCUGUUAACAUUUUUGGAUGAGGUCUAUAUGAUCUAUAAGGCUGUGACAGGUUUGUCUGCUGUGGUAUGUUAUCUGUUUAGUAGUAGCUCUGGUGAUACUGGUUUCGUGUAUCCUGAAAUUAUGAAACAAGAAUCAUUGUUUGCAGCACCUGAUAGAAGUGAGACAACUACCACAAGGGCUUUAUUGACAAAUAAUGUCUGCCCUUUUUUUAUUGAUGUGACUUGCAGAUUCAAGUCUAUGGAGAUUGUUCUUCAUAAUUCUAGGACAAGUGAUGGUUUAGAGAGUUUUGCCACUAUUUUUCACUCUUUAACUGGCAACAAAAUGGCUGUGCAUAAGUUGCCUGAGCAUGGAAUUUGGAUGUUGGUUCAAAACACAACUGUUGUAAUAUCUUGCGAAGAAGGGAAAAUGGAUCUCCUGACUGAUUUAUCAGGAAUCCUUUCUUUCGUUUUUGAAUAUCAGAGUUCAAUUGGAACCAACAUAGAUCAUAUUGUUCCUGAAAGUUUACUGCUGCAGUCUAUUAAUUGCUUACAUGAAGUAUCUCUUUCUGGUUUCUCGUUUACUUUGAGCUUGGGUCUUGUUCAAAAUGCUCUAUCUUCAGGUAAUGCAGGAAAAACAUUUGGUAGUUCUAAUGGAAAUUCUUCUUACUUUGUACGUGAAACUAAUUUGACAGCCUUUGAAAGGUCAAGUAAUCUAUCUCCCCAAUCAAUUCUCAAAAUGGGGUCUCCAUCAAAUACCUGUGUGCCAGCUUCAACAAAUCACUGGUUACUAAUAGAUGUUGCAGUAACUAGUAUAUUCAUAGGGAGAUGCUCACUGAAAAGUGAACUGAUUCAAGCACAUAAACUGAACAAGCUUUUGUCUUUGCUUUCAAUUGGAGGAGAAUUUCAUAUUAUAUCCUGGGAGAUUCAGGGUGGAUUCUUUUUGCUUGAAACAACAUCUUUACCAAUGGCCAUUGAUAGCUAUUCUUCAUAUCUUUGUUAUAUUGGGAAUCUCACUUCUGAUGCAAAGCUACCUAAAACUGGCACCAAGUGGGAACAGAAUGUCAGAGAGAACUAUACUUCACAUGAUGUUAUUGAUCGAGGAGCUAUUAGCACUUCUCAACAAGCUGCAAGUAGAUUGCCAGAAGCAUGUGACUUUUCUUUGUCUCACUUUACUUUUGUUUUAGCACAUGAAAAUGAAUCUGGUUGUAUCCAAGAAAUUGUAGUAGAGGUUGACAUCCAUAUGAAUUUUGCUUUGGCAAUUACUGGGAUGAAAUUAACAAUUGACCUUUCUCGUUUAUCAAUUCUAUCUCAAACUAUUCAGAGGAGAGUGGAAGAUGAAGCAGCAAUUCCACAUUUUUCUUCUGUCACAUCAAAAGAUUUGACACCUCUGCAUGCUUCCGGAAAUCCUCUUUCAGGAUUUCAGAAUUUUGGUCAAUUGAACUCAAUUAGUGAUGCAAGUUGUUCAAAAAACACUCUUCCUAUUCAGGUUAUUAGUCAUCAGAACCAAAUUUUGAAAAACUUAAGAGCUUUCCUGUCGCUGGAGAGGCCAGAUAAUGGUGUUAUGCUUUUUUCCCGGUGUUGGUUUGGCAUUGGUUCUCUUUUAGGUUUUGAUAUCACACUUUCUAUAGCUGAAAUUCAGACAAUUAUGUCAAUGUCCUCCUCACUCUCUGAGAUAUCUAGUCAGAAUACAAUAAAAAAAUUGGAGAAAAAUGAUUGGUCUUCUAGCCAUGAAGUUGACAAUUGUUUGGAAGCAAUGAUUCCUGAUGGGGCAAUUGUUGCUAUCCAGGAUGUCAACCAACACAUGUAUUUUACAGUUGAAGGUGAAGAAAAGACUUUCAGAGUAGGUGGUGUCAUUCAUUAUUCUCUGGUAGGAGAAAGGGCUCUUUUCAGGGUAAGAAUUAUGUUUAAAAUAUCUUUCUAUUUUCUUUUAAUUCAUUUUUCAAUCUUCUGUUCUAUCUCUUAGUUGCUAUAAAUU